CAAUUAGGUUCUUUUGAGUUAAUUGGUAUAAAAAUAGAAUAUAAUAAUAUAAUGGUAUAAAAGAAUACUUCAGCAAAUCAGCUCUAAAUUGGACUUGCAAUCGAGAAUUUGAACAAUUCUAUUCUGUCUUCAACUGUCUGAAUACAACCAAGCAUUCAAAGAGGUGUUAAGAUUCCAAGAAGCAGCAGAUUUAGAUUUUGUUUCUCAGUUCUUCUCGAAACAACUCGCUGGCACUCUUGAAGUCGAUUGCGUGAUUUCGUAUGAUUUUAAUGCUGUAAUUUUUCAAUGUCACUUCAAUUUCCUUCAUCUCGAAACUCUACUCCACAUUCUUGGCUUUAAUACUUUAAGCCUAAUUUAGGUAAGUUAUUCAAGCCUGAGAUUCCAAACUUUUUUGACUUCCUAAGAACCUUGACUAAAAGCCUUCCUUAUUUCUGGACACACGAAACUCCACAGUGUUUUGUUUAUAAAAGUUCGUUUGAAUGUAUGGUACAAAACAUAUACUGGAUAAUCCUUGAAGAUAAAUAAAGGCUAAUCAGGCCUGAUUGCUUUGGCUGAAUAGUCAGCUAAAUUACCUCACAAUGAAGGUGCCCAACAGGGGUGAAUUAUGUUAAUGUUAGUGUCGACGUACUAUGGAAUCAUUUAUGAAUGUAAUAAGUUGGAUCCCAAGUAAAGUCGAAUUUCACUAUGAUUUUGAUAGUUGGAGUUCGACAUUCAAAAAGUAAUGGUCCUUUUGAAGCCCUAAAGCACACAAUUCUGCAACGGAAAACACGGUCAAUUCUGGGCGAAUACUUUUGUUCAUCUAUGGAUGGCAAUCCUUUCUCUGAACUUCUCUUUUGGUGGCUCUAGGAUACUUGUCAGCCAUGGCUUCAACGAGUCCCCUAUAUGCUAAGGAAAUAUCAGUUUCAGUUUUAGAAAGUUUAAAUAACUACAAGGCUUAUAGCACUAUUCUCAGUCGGGUGGUCGACAAGGUCGACAAGUGGCAAAAAUUAUAAUUCUGACCGCAAAAAUGAGUGACACGUAUGACGGACACUACGUGUGCUGCCAAUCAUAUAAAACGAUCGUGUUGACAGCUCGGGCGAUUCACUAAAGGCUUAAAACACAGCCAGUUCAUCAGUUUUGCAAAAGCCCUCGCAAGAUAGACCUGUACAGAUCAGUUUUUCCUAUACAACUACCAGGUUGCGUAAUCGCCUUGUGCACUCGACGCCUACCUGUGACCAGUUGUGAAAAUGAAGUCGUUUUGUCCAACGGUCCUGCUUGUUACGGCGUUAAUUAUUUGUUCGUACUUUCUGUCGAUGGCAACACCCGCUGCAGCUGGAAGCUUGCAGCAAAUAGAACGAGCUUCUUACAUGCUCAAUCACGUGCACCGAGUCAAGCGUGGUGUGUCUCAUAACAACACUUCGCCUAACGUAACUAAAGUGCAAAACGUAACCACCACCGGGGUCCCCACAGUAGCUACAACUUUGACGCGCCGUCCCGUCUUUGCCUCGCCAACAAGACGAAGAAACACCUCAAGGCCAACUGGUGGACCUGCCUUGAACUACACAGGACUAACAGAGGUUCAAAUAGAGAAGUUGAUAAGGGGAAACAAAAGCGAUGCUCCGGUAGAUCAUCUGGGAUUUCCAAUCAUACCCAACAGUCAUCGCGGUACGCGACGACCUCUGCCGCUGACCCAAAGUAACGCAAGCAGACCCACUCAGAAUUCGAGCGGAGACGGUGGCAAUGGGGAUCAUGUCCACGAAAUUUUGGCCGAGUUUCGCCUGAGAGAAAAUCAAACACAAGCCUCGACUUUGCCUUCGAACACGAACACAUCAACCAAUUCCAUAGAACUUGGCAGCAAGGUCCCACUCACAGAAAAAGCUCAGAAAAAUACUCACCGUAAUAAGAGACGAGAUAUGUCUAUGGUCAUUUCAAAACACGGCAUUUGGAUCGCUGUCGUCGCCAGCUUGUUCCUGUCCGCGUUCAUUUGUUUAACAGUGCGCUGGGUACGACAGAGAAGACGUGGAAAGCUGCUUAUUGCACCUGCCGGUAACAAAGGUCAGCUGCCUGCAGCCGUUGUUUACAACGCACGACCAUCUAAUCAUCAGCUUGUGUGAAACGACGAGCGAAACUCAAACACGGAGAAUUAACUGUGAACAGUUCAGGGUUUUUACGGUUUGCAAACCUUUUUCAAAAUGGCUAGUUUGGUAGAUGCUUUUUGAGGAGAAACAGUUGGUAGUUGUUAGAGACCAUUUAUUUUCAUGAAAACGGUAACCACCGAAAGAUUUCACUCUGGCUAAAUUGAGUUUACGCCGAAUCUAUCUACUAUAAAUUGAUCCUCAUUGUCUUUUUGUCUACUUAGUAUUAAUGUUAAGAUAAAAAUA